AUGAUUCUAACAUAUCAUGAUUCAGAAAGUUGGGUGGUCGAUAUACGUAAUAUGUUACUCAAAGAACCUUUAACUCUUUUAGAUUUAUCUAAAAUCUCUAAUGUAACGAAUAAGCAUAUUCAUAAUUUUAAUGAUAACUGCUGGGCAAUGAUGGGCGCAUUAUCUUAUGCUGGAGAUUUUAUUUCUUGGCUUCAAAUGAUUGCAGAAGGUGAUUUAAGAAAUUUAAUUAACGGAGUCGACGAUAAACGUGAAAUUCAUGAAGAAACCGUUGCUUCAUUAAUCGAAGUUAAACAAUUCUUAAAACCUCUUCUAAAUGAUAUGGUAAAACUUUCUAAAGAGGGAAAAUCAACACAUAUUAUCAUAACUAAAUUCCUGGAUCACAUUCGUGAAAUAAAUUUGAAGAAUGAAUCUUUACAUGAAAAAAUUUCACAUUGUUGUUCAAGCAAUCUUGCUCUUCAAAAUAUAUACUUUAGUAUAGUUAAUAGAGGAGAAGCAACUAAAGAACGUAUUAGAGAUGCUGCUACUAGAGGUUUAUACAAAUUCUAUCGUGGUAAAAACCAUGAUAAGUGCAUG